GCCAUCUCUUUCACUCUUAAAGAAUCAAUGAAUGAAUGAAAGAGAUCGACAAUAUCAAGCUUUUGUUGGGGUUUGAGUUCGGGCUAGGAUGACGCGUGUAUUUUCAAUACUUUCUCGUCAUUGUACCAACUACAAACGUCAAACAGCUGAGCGAGGUGACUGACUCGUCGUUGUGUGGCUUGCUCUUCUUUCUUAUCCAAAUUUUUGAAACUAAAUUCAAAGGAAUAGUGGUUUCGAUAGUUGUUACUCAACCUACAGAAUAGUAUUUUUCAAUCAUGAGUGAGCUGAGUCAGGAGGAGAUACGGAGACGGCGUCUGGCGCGUCUCGCUGCACUUGGGGGUGCAGGCUCAGCGCCAUCGCCUGCCAGCCCUCCAGUCACACCAGGCGCAUCGAUGCCCUCGCCAGAUCUACAGACCUCCUCACAAGUGCGCUUUUCCCCUGCGCCAGUUCCUCGAGGAUCCACAGAACCCUCUACCCCAGAUGUGGCCAACACAAACAAAGAACCAAACUAUUCAGAAGGAGUUAAAAGUGAAGUGGAUGACCAGAGCAAAAUACCAGCUGAUGGGUUAAUUGUUACUGAGAAGACGGACAAUAAUCUGUUAGAUGAAAUGCCUGAUACCAAAAUGACAGACCUAUCACAAACAAGACAGUACAAUAGUUUUGACUCCAUGGGUGAUGAUACAUUAUUGAGUUGUGGAUCAGUGAGAGUGGCUAGUUUACCACAGUCUACAGUGGGUGGAUCAGAGGGAGCUUCAACCAGGGAAGACAGCACAUCACGGUCAAUAUCUCCAGCACAGUUUGUGGAGCCAUCACCAGUAAGGCCUCGGCCCAGUAAUGCCUCACCUAGUUGCUCUCGACGGUCUCUCUCUAUGGAAGUGGAUGAUGUGUCAGAAAGAAAUUCACAAUCAGAGAAACAAGAGGAACCUAUGGAGGUGGACGACAAUGACACCCAGACAGCGUCCCCAGCCCGAAAGAUACACCGGUCACGUACAGUGAGCUGUACUGAACUGACUGAGGAGCAACUCCGGAAUAUUGUCGCCAAGAUCCUACAGGUGUCGUGGUCUGAAGACAGUGCAGGAGGAAUAUUUGUACCGUCUGUAGCAGCAUCACUUCUAGAUAACCCAAAAUUAAGUUUAGAAGAACUGGCUUCAGAGGCUCUGAUUGAUGUUAUUACGCAAAUAGCGGACGGCUCAGACCCUCUAAACCAGAAACUCAUCGCUAUCACUGAAACUACUAAAAGGCCUAGUGACGAAUGCGGAGACGAUAUGUUGACUUGUGGACCAAUUGGUUCAGAGACAGAAGCUGACAAAGCGGACUGCCCUGCGCCGUCGCUACCCUACCCAAGACAAUACCCACGCAGGGCCUGGCUGUCAGCUACAUUAUAAGAUUCUACUCGAAUAUUAAUUCGUAUGAACGUGAAUACUCCAAGAAGAGCUCGGAGCCGCCAUUGAGCGACUUGCUCCAAAGUUUAAGAACAUUACUAGUGAACCACUUAGUGCUAGUGCUGCAGGGGAACUUUGAGUUAGAAAAGUGCAGGAAGUCUCCUCUACUUCCCUACAUGCUAGUGGUGUCCCCGCCGACGGGUCUCAUACCGGAACUUUUACUUGCAACUUACACAAAUAAGGAAGUUUUCGAAGAGGUGUUCGUGCCGCUAGUGAUGGGCAUCCGCGAGGAGAUGCGGCGCGCAGUGUCCCCGCUGGGCGGGCGCGGCGCGUGCGGCGGCGGCAGCGCCCUGCGCGCGCUGCGGGCGCUGUGCGAGCUGCGCGCCGGCCCGCGCCACUCGCGCCGCCCGCUCGCCGAGCUCAUCGCGCGCCUGCCCUCUCUAUGUCCCGACGCCGUCACUACUGCUGCAGGACGAGAGAUCGCACGUGUCAGCUUCCUCGGACCAUUCUUUGCGAUAUCCCUGUUCGCGGAAGAGAACCCGCGACUAGCGGAGCGCCUGUUCGCGACGGGGUCGGGCGACCGCAGCCUGGCGUUCGCGUUGCAGCGCGAGGUGGAGGCGAGCCGCAACACGUUGCACAACAUCUGCCACAACAUCCUGCUGUGUCCGGAGGCUCGCGAGCCGUUACUCAACUACUUCGCUGCUCUGCUGCAGAGAAAUGACCGCAGAGCGCAGUUGCAGACUGACGAGAGAUCACUGGCCGGAGAUGGGUUCAUGCUGAACGUAUGUUCAGUACUGCAACUGUUGUCCGUGCGCAUCAAACUGGAGCGCGUGUACCCGUUGUACACGUUCCAGCCAGACUCCUGGGUCAACAUCCGAGACGAGACCAGGCUGUACUUCACUACACAGGAAUCCCAGGAUUGGUUAGACGCACUAAACAAGGAUCCUAACCAUAAGUGGCCUGAAGCGAAGUUCCAGACGGUGUGCUGGUUCUUAACGCUUCAUAUGCACCAUGUGGCUUUGAUCCCUGCUUUACACACGCACCAGAGGCGAAUUCGGGCAUUCCGUGAUCUCCAAAAAGUGAUUGAAGAGUUGAUGGCGGCCGAGCCUCAGUGGCGCAACAGUUUCUCAGCGCUGCGCAACCGAGAACUGCUGCGGAGGUGGCGACGACAGAUCAAGAGACUACACAGGUCGAAGCAGUGUGCGGAGACAGCCCUGCUAGAGACAGAGUUGAUGCGGCGCAGUCUACAGUUCUACUCGUCAGUAUGCUCGCUGCUCACCAUGCAACUGGAGGCGGCGGACGCGGCCAUCGGACCGUACGCCGACGCAUUUGCCGCUACGCCAGAGUGGUACGUCGAGGAUAUCGCUGAGUUCAUGCUCUUCGCUGUGCAAUACGUCCCACAAAUAGUGGCGGAUUUCAUCGAGGACCCAAUCAUCACUUGGCUACUAAGUGCAAUCUGUCACUCGCGCCACUUCAAGAACCCUUAUCUUGUUGCUAAGAUCGUAGAAGUUCUAUUCGUCAUCAACCUCUCCGUACCACUAAAACUGAAGAAUGUAUACGAGAAAUUCAUGGACCACCCGAUGUCGCAAACUGCGCUACCGAGUGCUCUCAUGAAAUUCUACACAGAUAUAGAAACUACAGGACAAAGCACCGAGUUUUACGAUAAGUUCACUAUUCGGUUCCAUAUCAGCAUCAUCUUGAAGGGAAUGUGGGAGCGGCCUAUUCAUAAACAAGCUAUCGUAAAGGAGUCGCGAUCUGGACAUCAGUUUGUCAAAUUCAUCAACAUGUUAAUGAACGAUACUACAUUCCUCCUGGAUGAGUGUCUAACAUAUCUGAAGCGUAUUCACGAGGCGCAGGAGGGCGCGGGCGGGGCGAGCGGCUCCGCGGCCGACGCCCGCGCGCGCGCACUCGCACAGGACGAGAGGCAGUGUCGCUCAUAUCUCACACUCGCCAGGGAAACGGUGGACAUGUUGGAGUACUUGACAGUGGAGAUCAAGGAGCCAUUCCUGCGCGCCGAGCUAGUCGACCGGCUCGCAUCGAUGUUGAACUUCAACCUACAGCAACUCUGCGGACCUAAAUGUAAAAACCUCAAGGUCCGUCGACCUGAGAAAUAUGGCUGGGAACCGCGACGACUACUCAGUCAACUAGUAGACAUCUAUCUACAUCUUGACUCACCGCAGUUCCACGCCGCACUUGCCGCUGAUGAGAGAUCAUUCCGCAAAGAGUUGUUCGAGGAAGCAUCGGUGAGGCUAGCUAAGUCGUGCAUUAAGACGCCCACAGAAAUAGAGCGGUUCAAGGCACUUGCUGAUAAUGCAUAUCAAAUCGCAGUGUCUAAUCAACAGAAAAGCGACGAAUAUGCUGAUGCUCCUGAAGAGUUCAGGGACCCACUCAUGGAUACACUAAUGACCGACCCAGUCUUACUACCUUCCGGAAAAGUAAUGGACCGAUCUGUGAUUCUGCGCCACUUGCUAAAUAGUGCCACUGAUCCCUUUAACCGACAACCUCUUUCCGAGGAUCAGCUACGUCCAGCAACUGAGCUCAAAGAGAGGAUCGACCAAUGGCAGCGCGACAAGAAAGCGUCGACGUCAUAAGCGAGGCCAACAUUAAAGUCUGAUGUAUAUAACGUAACCCAUAUAUAAAGACUACCGGACGGAUUUUUCCGCCUUUGAUGGACUAUUGUCCGUAUGCGUGAAUGUGAGAUUAUUCCAUGUAUGUUUAACUGUUCGGAUGUUUCGUGAAGUUGGAACCACGUUGUUGUAACGUAUACGACCUAACGGAUCAUUUUCAAUUUGCAUACAGGUGUUAAUUUAAUCAUUGCAUUAUUUUCAUAUUGUCACAAAAUUCUUCCAUUGUUAGUAUUACCUAUUGUGACAAGAACCAAAUUUUAUCUUAACCACAACUAAAUUUAUAUUUUAUGGCUAGACUAAAGCUUUAACGUCACGGAGUAUUAAUGUCGGCAUCUAUUUUUAGCUUUAACGCAUUGCACGUGAGUCUCGAUACUUGUUGUAAUUUCAUGAAUUUCUAAUUAAACUUAAAUUAACAUCUGUAUUAUUGGCGCGUUGAAGGCUACAGGAAGAGGUUUAAAUGAAAUUACCAUCACAUGUAGUUGUAAAGGCCUAAAUCUAAGAUACAAGAAACAUGACAUUUGUGGAGUAAGCUAGGUGCUUUCGUCUCGACCCCAAAUUUUGAUGACUAUGUAACAUGAGCACAACAUAGAAUAAUUUGAUGUGGAACAUGUUGAGCUGGAUAUCUUUCUGCAUUUUAUAGGAAAUCUCUGUAACGUCGUGAGCGUGUAAUUCGAUUUAGAUUGGUUAGUCCUGCAUUAGUUUAACUAAUGGUUAUACAUUAGGAUAUAAAUAUAUGAAACAUAUAGGAAUUGUAUGGAAUGUUGAAGACUUCUUAUUUUUGUGCAAAAUGAAAAUUAGAAAAAUGUAUUUAAUUAUAUUAUGGAUUUGAUUUCUACUUGAUUAUAGUGAUAUUAUGUUAGUCUUUGUUAGCAAACAUGAUUUUUGUAUUAUCAUUUAAUACAUUGUGAUUUGUUCCUUUAUAACUUUAGUUAUGAUUUGAAAUGGAUUUUCACUUGAGAAUUAGGGAAUAGUAUUCGAUAUAAUAUCAGUAGCUUAAUUCGAAUAAUAUAAUUAUAAUCGAUCACGGCCUGCCAAAGUUCUACGGAAUGAUGAACACGCCGUAAUUCGCGGAGACAAGGCAAACUUGAAACAUGCAUAAUAUGUUUCAGUGAGUAAAUAAGUUCAAGUAGACUUGUAUUGAAGACACUGUAUUGAAAUAUAGUAUGUUUGUAAUAUGUAUUUCAACUUUUAAUAUUUCUCCAGUCACUGCCAAUAUAUUCAAUGUAGUUUCUAGAUCAGGCAUUCCUGAAUGAAAUCCAUUUCUUUAAAUUACAUGGUCUCACUUGUAUGAUAAUUUGACUUGUAAUUUAUCAUUAUAUUAUGAAGAUUAUAUAUCAUAGAGGUCUCCUACGUUGAUUAUAUCAAUAAAAUAAAUAAAUGAAAAUCAUUGUUUUUAUCAUCACAAUUUUAGUAUUCACUUUUACAUCAAUUAUAAUGGACUAAAAUUAUUAGCUAAUUAAAUAAAUUAUUGUCAGUUUACAAUCAAGAGAAUUCAUUGUAUUCAAAUUACAAAAGUACUAAACAACAUUAUUUACGUAGAUAUUUUGAAAACAUCAAUUCUUAGACAUUAUAGGAGGUAGAUGAUCUUUUAAAACUGUGUACACAUAACUAAAGCAAUCACAAAAGCGAGAUGUGUUAUUAAUAUCUCAUUGACUAUACAACAUUCAUUGAAAUUCAGACUCCAUUAUUAUAUUUGUUAGAGGAAGUUCAGUGUCACCAACCUAUUCCUUUACAUGUUUAUGCAACAAUGACGCUCAUACAACUGAACAAAGGUAUUUUACAUGAUUAUCAUGUUCCAUCACAAGAAAAAAUCUUUAUGCUAUUUUCGCUCUUUGAGGAAAAUUAAGAAUUGAAUUUGCUUUCCAUGUUGAUUUAUGAUGGAUCACUUUCAAAAAAAUACAUAGCAUAAGUUUCCUCAUUGCACAUAUUAUCUAUUCUUACUAAACUACACUUAGAAAUAUGUUGUUGAAUAUUAAAUCCACAGUAAGAGAAACUUAACAACUUAUAAUGACCAGAAAUAGGGUUGUAGGGCUAAGGCACAUAUAAAUACAUGAUCAUGUAUUUCAUUGCAUUUUGGUAAAUUCAGUUGUUUUGAUCCCAUAAAUUAUUAGAAAAGAAGUUAUAAACAAUGCCUCAUGUCAUAUUUAAUAUAGAGCAAAAAAGACUCAACUGGGUUAACAAGCUUUUACCACUUUACAUAAGCUAUUAUUAAUUUGUGACAGGAUAUCAUUUUUACCUCAGCUUAAUUUACCUUACAUAAAGUACAAAAAUAUACAACAUUUUUAUAGAAACUUACAAAAAUGGUCAGUCCUACACUAAAAUCAAAUAACAACAAUUCAAAUCUUUGUUCUUGUACACUUAACUUGUUACCGAAGAAGGAAUGGAAGGCGAUGAGCAAACAAACAUGAUAUCAUGUACAGCAUGCCAAAAUAAAAGUUGAGUCUGGCAGUCUGUCUUGGUACAUAUCUCAUUGUCUCAGGGCUUCUAAACCUUCUUUCUAUUUCAAAAGCUCUAGGCAAAGUUAGCAUUGGAAUUAAGAACCACAAUGAACAACGCACAGAAGCUACCACAAACAUAAUGUAAGGAGUAAAUAAUAAAAAUGCAUACAACAAAUAUGAAGCUGUUCUACCAAUCAAUAUUGCUAAUGUUACAAUUUCUGCUUUGCUAUCUGUCUCCAAAUCUCUAGUAUUAUUACUAUGCAGAAUAGCCUCAGUGUUCAGAGCAAGUGGAAUUGCAUAGUAAAUUAUUGGCCAGUCCACUCUACCAGUUUGUGCUAAGAAAGCAAAAACUACUGAUACUGGCCCAAAUAUAACUAAAACUAAAAUAUCACCAAGAGCUAUAUAUUUUAAUCCUAUACCACCAGUAUAUAAAAAUGAUGAAGACAAUCCUCCAAAGUAUACCAGAGCCAAAUGCUCCAUGCGAGCUGGUGAUAGAAUUACAAGUGGAACAAAGGAGGCACAUCCAGCAAGGUAUAAUAUAGCACCAAGAGAUACAACUUCAUCUAUACUCAAAAUAUGGUCGACUAGAGUUCGAUCGUCAGAUUUACGAUUGUCAAUACCUUUAACAAAAUCAAAGUAUGUGUUUACCACAUUGCCAGCACCAUGAACAGGAAUAAUUGUGCACAAUGUCAACAAUAAAGUGCACCAACUGAAGCUACUAUCGCCAGGAAGACGGUAGGCCAGCGCAGCCCCCAGCAGAGUCGGUAACAGACUUGCACUCAACGACCAAGGACGCAAGGCAAGCACAUAUGUUCGCACUUUCAUUAGCGGAUUUCGAGGUGGCAUUGUUUCUUCUUUCGGUUGCUGCAGGAGGUUGCCUUCUACGGUUGGAAUGUCCAUAUCUUCGCUUUUCUUAUUGGUAUCCAUUUAGAGUUAGAAAUUUAAACUUUACUCGAAACUUACACUAUUUUAAUUUACUAUUUCCUAAAUGAGAUGUCAGAUAUCUUCAUCAUCAAAGUAGGUAAACAUUAAAACCGUUUGCACAUAAUCCCGUUAUUUUUGCACCGGUGGUGAUGACCGACAUUCAGAGAGAAAUCACAAAAUAUUAGUCCGAUUUGCAAACAACUCGUUCAUUUCACGGCUCU